AUGGGUCUAUGAGAGUUGAAGCAGCCUGUUAUUUUUUUUUUCCUAAGGAGAAGGUGAUUAUUCCCCCCAGUGAAGAUGUCGGUUGUGGGCUGAGGCUGGGCAGGGAGCCCACUGCUGAUCUGGACGGGCCGAGCUGCAGUAAACGGAACGCAUGGCGCAUAACAUGUACAUGGUGCCCAAUCCUGGCAUGCCAGGAUGUCCAGCUGGGCUAGAAUACCUCACACAGGUUGAUCAGCUGCUGAUUAAACAGAAGGUGGAGCUCAUAGAGGCUCUGGCCGGAUUUGAGAGCAAUAAUAAGUAUGAGAUCCGUAACGUGAUGGGUCAGAACGUGUUCUACGCGGUGGAGGAGAACGACUGUCUGACGCGGCAGUGCUGCGGCCCACUGCGCUCCUUCACCAUCCGCGUCCUCGACAACUUCGGGCAGGAGGUGAUCACGGUCAACCGUCCGCUGAAGUGCAUGUCCUGCUUCUUCCCGUGCUGCCUGCAGGAGCUGGAGGUCCAGUCUCCCCCGGGGAACAUUGUGGGUUAUGUGCUCCAGGAGUGGCAUCCUUUCCUGCCCAAGUUCACCAUCAAGAACGAGCACCGGGAGCCAGUCCUCAAGCUGCAGGGGCCGUUCUGCGGCUGGAGCUGCCUUCCAGACGUGGACUUUGAGAUUAUGACGAUGGAUGAUGUCAGCAUCGGUAAGAUCAGUAAGCAGUGGACAGGGCUGCUUCGGGAAGCUUUUACGGAUGCAGACAACUUUGGAAUUCAGUUUCCCAUGGAUCUUGACGUCAGAAUGAAAGCGGUGAUGAUCGGACUCUGCUUCCUCAUUGACUUCAUGUUUUUUGAGACGAACAACUAACUGCUGUGCAAAACCAAGACGCCAUUAUCCUUCAGAAAAGAGGAGGAGCAGAAGACCCUCCGUCCAAAUUCCUCAGUUAGAUACACGUCCCAGUCCCCUCAGCAAAUGCAUGCUAAUAUAAUAACGUGUCCGUGUGAUGGAGUAGAAGUAGCCAGAUAGGGGCCAGCCUUGGAAAAGCACUGCAGCGUUAAAAUAAUUUUAUUUAAUUUGUGAUUAUUUCUGUGCAGCACUGCUUUCAGGGGAAAUUGCCCCCAAAACCUUACAGCAGGGGUCGGCAAUGAAGUUAGGCUGUGGGCCAGAUAUUUCCCUAGCCAUUAAGCCAGUUUUGGAAAAUGAAGAGCAGAGCAAUGGGAUGGAGUGCUACAGACUAGUAGCUCUCCAGCUCAGAGGGUUGUUGAACCCAAUUGCAGAACAGUUGAUCUCAAAGCAGGUAAACCCAAGAAGAAAAAAAAAAAAAAAAAAAACACAGCUCCUAACGCGGGAUUGAAGCCGUGUCAACAGGGUUGCGCUCCAAUACCCUACCGCUGCCCUGGCUAGUGAAUUGGGACGCAGCCGGGGAAAAAAAACGCCCCUAUAAGCAGAUAGGGAGCCCAAGAAUGGACAGGAAAAACAAGAAUGGCCGGAUAGGGGAGGUAUGUAAACAAAAGCUCACCAGAGAAGCAUUUUAUUUAUUUUAUUUUAUUUCAUUAUCGUUCAUUAUAGCUCAAACAACCUCACAGGGCAGAUGUUUCAUGCUUAUUGCCGCCUAUUGCCGACCCCUGCCCUAUAUGACCUAUUCACCCAGCCUGGCUCAGACUCUGUGAAGUAACCCUCGGUAUAUUGAAGCCUGUAAGUGUACAGUGUAAAGUGUAGUGUUUCUGGUUCACGUUGUUGCUUCACAGAAAAAAAUAAUAUAUAAUAAUAAUAUAUGAACAGCUCUUUGCCUCAUAAAGCCCCUAAUAUUUGUAAAAACUGGCAAGAACUUUUGGCCUACACUCUAGUGUGAUGUAGAGGUUUUCUGCGACGCUGAUAUAAGUGACCAAAACCACAUAGUACACUCAUAGUCAAGUGUCAGAAAGUGAAAAAAAAAUAGUUUUAAAUGUGUGAACAUCUAUGUUUUGAUCUUAUUGUUUGUUUUUAGCCACAUUUUAGCUCUGGAGAACAUUCUCCACAGCAUCUCAGUGCAAUUACACUUUUUUUUAUAGCUGUGUCCUAAUUCAGGGGCUGUACCCUUAAAAAAAAAAAAAAAACGCAGACAUAGACGUUAAAGUCUGUAUAAACCACAAAUUCUGAACCACCAUUCGCUCUUCUGCUGAUGCCCUUUCUAAACGAGCAACCUAAAAAUUUGCUUGACUUCUCUUAUGCGUCAUGUCACCACAUCUUCUACCUUUAACUUCGUUAUCUUUCCUUCCUGACUCUACUUAUAGGAGAGGGGACUCGCUUUCUACGACAAGCUGAAGCUGCCCGAACUCCAACCCAAAAUUCUCAGAGUUUCCUCCUCUCUCGUUUUUCUUUUCCUAAAUAGCCAUAAUCUGAUUUUUACAGUGCAUUCACUAUUCUGCUAUAUAUAUAUAUAUAUAUAUAUAUAUAUAUAUAUAUAUAUAUAUAUAUAUAUAUAUAUAUAUAUAUAUAUAUCAAUUUUUUUUUGUUGACAAUCACCUGUCUGCAACUGAAAAACUGGGCUAAAAUCGUGUAGUGUGAACCUGGCAUUAAUUACAGGAAGCUAAAACUUCAUGUGAAGCAUGGCGCUAGUGCGUAUUAGCAUCAGUUUAGAGUUUUGGAGUGCUAACUGUUUGGAAAAAUGUAUGAUAAGGGUCCCAUUAAAAAGAUGGAGUGUGAACAGUGAAAUAAGCUUUAGAUUUGGUGAGAAAAUCAGAUUUGAUCCACUUUUGAACGUAGCCUAAUGAGUCUGUGUAGCCAUAAAGCAUAAACGUAUAAAGAAUUAUAUUUACACUAGUACAGUCAAGUCGGGCCACUGAAAAUGAGUCAAGAAAAACAUUUUUUUAAAUUUUUUUUUUAGGAACAAUAAAUACAGAAGCAGUGUGUAAAAUCUGUCAUCUGACAUCUCAGAAUGUAGUUGUAGAGGCUCCUAAUGGAGUCCUGUGAUAAUCUGCCCCAUGGAAUUUGAAUAUUCAUAUAAAUAAAUAAACAUUUACAAUGGUACAGCUAAAUUGCGCCACUAAAAAUGAGUCAGUUUUCAAAUGGAGCCCCUGAAUUGGGACACAGCUAUUAUUUGAAAGACAUUCAGCCAGUUAAUCUGAACAGUUCAUGAGAAAAACAAGGCCAUUUUAAGCUGUGGUAAUAGUAUUGAUAUGCAAUGAUGUAUGUUCUGUGUUUUUAUUAUUAUUAUUAUUUUAGUAUUUGUCAGCACUGUUAAUUUACUUUAUCAUUUUUGUUGUAGUUCUAUUUAUUUAAAUGUGUUUAACUUAUUCAUUUUAGUAGUAUCGUGUGAAUUAGCAUCACUUACAGCCAAUGUGAACAAAUAUUAAAUAAAUACCUAUAUUGUAGUAUCAGAUGUUUACACUAGAGGGCAGCAAUAGCCUGUUUAACACGUGCACCCACUUUAUUCAUUUUAAUUUUGUUUUUUUUUCUUUCUUUUUUAAUGCUAACAAACCCGAAUCAAUAACACUUUUUAUGACUCAGGAAUGCAUGCAUGCAACUUAUGCUUGCACUUUAAACAUAUCCAUAGAACGCUUGUCUGUGAAGCUCUAGUUCAAUGGAUGCCUGUUGUGGUUAUAUUGUUUUUACAGUGAUCUACAGAAUGUAGUCGAAGCAAUGCCUUGUUCUACUGGUUAUUUUUAUUAAAAUGAUUUAUUUUCAUCUUUCAA